AGGUAGGAGAUUCUGAGCGAAACUGUGUCGUGAGAAUGCCAGUGUCUCACGCCACAAAACUAAAAGUAGAGAAAUCAGCCUUCGGUAAUUCUUUCUGAUGUGCGUGAGGAAGUGAAGGCUUGAAGCCACACCCUCCAUUCCCUCUCUUCUAAGCUGAACUCAUGAACAACCCCACCGCUGCUUGCUAGCUGGCUGCUACUGCUAUUCUUCUCUUUCUCUAUUUUCUCACGUCAUCAAUAAUUCUAUAUCACCCGCAAUGUCUUCACCGCCCACAGAUACUAUCAAUUCAGUCCCACCUGAACUCAAUGCCGAGGAACCACCACAGUCAGAGGGAGCACAACACCAGCAAUUACAACCACAAACACAACCAAAGUGGCCAGGAUGGCCUGGAGACAACGUCUUCCGGCUUAUUGUGCCAGUAGUGAAAGUAGGAAGUAUCAUUGGAAGGAAGGGAAAGCUGGUCAAGAAAAUGUGUGAUGAAACCCGCGCCCGCAUUCGCAUACUCGAAGGCCCCCUUGGCAUCCCUGACCGCGUCGUUUUGAUAUCUGGAAAAGAAGAACCAGAAGCAGCACUAUCUCCUGCAAUGGAUGCUGUUCUGAGAGUGUAUAAGCGUGUUAGUGGUCUAUCUGCUGGUGAGGCUGACGGUAUGGAUUCAGCUGUUGCUGGUGCUGCAUUUUGCUUCAUACGGCUAUUGGUUGCUUCUUCACAGGCGAUUAACUUAAUCGGAAAACAGGGAUCUACAAUCAAAUCGAUACAGGAAAACACUGGUGCUGUUGUUCGUGUUUUAGCAGAAGAGGAAGUGCCUUCAUAUGCUACUUCAGAUGAGAGAAUAGUUGAGAUACAUGGUGAAGCUGUAAAGGUUUUAAAAGCAUUAGAAGCAGUAACUGGACACCUGAGAAAGUUCUUGGUUGAUCAUAGUGUCAUUCCUAUAUUUGAGAAAACUUACAAUGCAACAAUUUACCUGGAACGCUCUGCUGAUUCCAGGGCUGAAAAAACUCCGCCCUCACUCCAUUCAGCUCCUGCUCAUCAGAUUGGGAUUGGUUCUGAUUAUUCCCUGUCCUUGAAGAGGGAUCCUUCAAUAUAUGAUCGUGAAACCCAUCUUGACCCAAAAAUCUCACAAUCUGGACUGUCACUUUAUGGACAAGAUUCUGCACUUGGUGGAUUACGCUCAACAGGACUUGGUCGUGCCACUGCUCCUAUAGUUACCCAGAUGACACAAACUACGCAAGUACCUCUUUCAUAUGCUGAGGACAUCAUUGGGGUUGGUGGAUCAAAUAUCGCCUACAUUCGUAGUAAUAGUGGAGCGAUUCUUACCAUACAAGAGAGUAGAGGUUUACCUGAUGAGAUUACUGUGGAAAUUAAGGGCACCACUUCUCAGGUUCAGAUGGCUCAACUACUUAUUCAGGAGUUCAUUAGCACUCGGAAGGAACCAACACCAAGUGUGUGUGGGAAGAUGGACUCGGGAUUCAGUUCAUAUUCACAAGUAGCGGACACCAGCUACCCUUCAUCUUCUUUUGCAUCGCAUCUAGGAGGGUAUGGAUCUUCAAGCUUAGGAGGGUAUGGAUCUCCCAGUGGGGGAGGUUAUAGCAGCUACAGAUUUUGAAUGUUUGUCCAGAAUGCCCUUGUAGAACAUAUGUUUUGGCAAUAGGAAUUUGGAUCCAUUGAGGUUAUGAUAUUUCAUGUUAAAAUAUAUAUAUAAGUGGAAACUUGGCCGGCUGUUAGAAAA